ACAAUGAACAACACACUCUGCUAAUAGGCCGUGUGUCCUCCACAACACCAAAGAAGAAGAGGGCUCCCACCAUAAUGGGGCCUGUUGCUCACGGACUAGGGUCUCAGCAGGGAAACUAUGGGACCUGAGGCCAGGAGUGUACCAGCCAGCCUGAGCUGUCACAGGAGAAAAGGACCAACCUCAGCGCUCUUCACUGGAAACAUUUUGAAUAUCAACUUCUAAAUACAUUCUGCGAAAAUGAUGCAUUAGAUAUCAAUUUAAAUCAUUUCAAACAUGGGCCUCAACAUCUUCACUGGAGCUUUCCUCUCUGAAAUGUUUUUAUUAUUUUUUUUAUUGUUUUUUCCUCAUUACUAUUAUUUUCAAAGCACGUGUCACUCAAAUGCCAGCUGGAUUUUAACAGGCUCGAAUCGUUUCGGGCACCGCCCACACCAUCCGGGGACCCCGCCCCCCUCUCCGCGGUGUGAAAAUAAUCCCAGCAGAAGCAGAUCUGACGUUUAAACUGUUGCACAGACGUUCUGGUGUCAGUGCACCGCUGGAGUUUUCUCUGCGAGGAGUCUUCUGAUCUCUGCAGGCUGUGUGAAAGAAAAAUGAAGCGAAGCCACAACUACAGCUCAUCGGACAGCGAGCUGGACGACAAUGUUGAGGUGGAGAAAGAUAGCGGCGACGAAAAUGGACAAAUUGAUUCUCACGGCUCGAUGUCACCCUCCACUACCACCCAAGUUCAAGCAAGAAAAAGACGCAGAGGGAUCAUUGAAAAACGGAGACGUGACCGAAUCAACAACAGUCUGUCAGAACUGAGGAGAUUGGUGCCAAGUGCCUUUGAGAAACAGGGAUCAGCUAAACUGGAAAAAGCAGAAAUAUUGCAAAUGACUGUGGACCAUUUGAAGAUGCUUCAUGCAUCUGGUGGCAAAGGUUACUUUGAGGCUCAUGCUCUUGCUAAGGAUUACCGCAGCCUGGGCUUCAGGGAGUGCCUGGCAGAGACCGCUCGCUACCUUAGCAUCAUCGAGGGUCGGGACAGUACAGACCCCCUCCGUGUACGCUUGGUGUCCCACCUCAGCAGCUACGCCUCUCAGAGGGAGGUGCACACUGGACUGGAACACUUGGCCUGGGGGUCUGCCUAUGGAAGUGCCCCUGCCCAUCUCCCCCACCCCCUCCUCCUACAACACCCCCAGGGCAGGACACCUGCAACCAGAAGCAACAGUAGCCCACCCUCCUCCUCCUCUUCCUCUUCUUCCUCUACAUCUUCCUCCUCCUCCAGUGAGGCAUCUGGGACAUCCAGACUCAGUGUCAUGCCCCCCACAGAGUCCCUCAGGGUUUCUCCCAACGGCUCGCUGCCCCUCAAUCUGCCUGUGCCAACAUCUAAGCUUUCGCCACCGCUCCUCUCAUCCCUCUCCUCGCUUUCGGCCUUCCCCCUCUCCUUCAGUGCCUUCCCUCUCGUCUCCCCGACAGCCCUCAGCACGGUGAGCCCCUCCUCCACCCUGUCAAAGCCUUACAGGCCUUGGGGCACGGAGAUUGGGGCCUUCUGAAGCUAACAACUGGACUGAAGGCAACAGCUGAGCUGUGCCCACCACCACAGACUUGGCAGGACAACCUGCCUCAUCUGUUUUUAUAGCAAUAAACACAGUGGAACAAAACAGAAUGAAUUUAUUUUAUUAAGUAUAAAGAAUAAGUGGAGGAGGUUGCUGAAGGAUGUCAUUUCCACUCAGUAUGUCAUUACUAAAGAAUUUUUGUUACUAGUUUAAAUGGAUGACUAAUUUAGUGAACAUGCACUGUCUCCAGCUUGAGGACUGAUAGGGUGAUAUGACGUAUGGGCCAUACAUAGAUUUACUGUAAGCACAAAUUUAUUGGUAAUAUUUUGUAGACCAGAUACUGAAACUUCUACAUUUGUCAAGCACAGACGUCUGUAUUUAAUAAGAUGUAGAAUUACUCAAUUCGGUCUGCUGCUUUAGCAAUGUCAGGAUUUGUGGAAAAGAAUAUGCAUAUUGUAUGUGCCAUCGUUGGAAAACUAACUACUUGAGAACUGGAAAUGUGUAUCGCAUUCUUGUAUCUAUUUGUAAUAUUUUUUUGGACCAAUAAAUUGAGCUUAAAAGUAUAAAACAAACAAAGUUUAA